GCUUGUUCAGCAACAUGUGGGGUCCGCCCACUAACUCAUUUCUUUUUCCGGGUGUAGCAAUAUGGCGGCUAGAGGGGCCAGCUGACCGACGUCACGUGACCCUCUGCUUCAAAUAAUGGCGGCGACAGCGGCUGAGGGAUCAGAUCUGGAGACGUCUUUACUGAGCUUCGAGAAGCUGGACCGUGCAUCCCCAGACUUGUGGCCCGAGCAACUUCCAGGAGUUGCAGAAUUUGCCGCCUCCUUUAAGAGUCCAAUAGCGAGCUCUCCGCCCAAGUGGAUGGCUGAGUUGGAAAAUGACGACAUUGAAAUGCUAAGAGAAUUGGGUAGUCUAACCAUCACUAAUCUCAUGGAGAAGGUUCGAGGGCUUCAGAAUCUGGCUUAUCAGCUGGGACUAGAAGAGUCCCGUGAAAUGACCCGAGGAAAGUUUCUGAAUAUUCUGGAGAAGGCCAAGAAGUAGAUUUCUGGGACAGAUGGCGGGUUUGAGCUGCCCACAAUACAUUGUGGCUGUUUGGCAGUCAUUCUUAAUUUUGAGACGUGUGUCUUCAGCAAUGGGCGCUACUUGCGUUCCAGUAUGGGCUCCUGUAUGUGAUCACCCGUCCUUGGUUUAGGAGUCCGCGUCUGUGCAGUUAUUCUGCUGCAAAAUUUGUUUAUACAAAUAAAAGCCAAUGAUUUGUUAGAA